UGACUUUGUACGCAUGGCUGCAGGACUUCAGCGCUCGGACGCAUGCGCUGUUGCCAACAUCCGGGGUUCGGACAAGGAUGAACGCCAAUUUCCAAGAUGGCGGCGGAGGGAGGAGGGAAGGAGAUGAACGAAAUUAAAACUCAAUUCACCACACGAGAAGGCGUCUACAAACUCCUCACUCACUCCGAAUACAGCCGCCCGAACAGGGUGCCUUUCAACUCGCAGGGCUCCAAUCCCGUCAAGGUCUCCUUCGUCAAUGUAAACGACCAGUCCGGCAACGGCGACAGGAUCUGUUUCAAUGUGGGCCGGGAACUGUACUUUUAUAUCUACAAAGGCGUGAGAAAGGCUGCCGAUCUUAGUAAGCCCAUAGACAAGAGGAUAUACAAAGGAACGCAGCCCACGUGUCAUGACUUCAACCCCCUCACAGCUACAGCAGAGAGCGUCUCCCUGCUCGUGGGCUUCUCAGCGGGCCAGGUGCAGCUCAUCGACCCGAUAAAGAAGGAGACCAGCAAACUCUUCAAUGAGGAGAGACUUAUAGACAAGUCACGAGUGACGUGCGUACGAUGGGUUCCCGGUUCAGAGAGCCUGUUCUUGGUGGCUCACUCCAGUGGCAGCAUGUAUUUAUACAAUGUGGAAAACACCUGUGGCACCACGGCACCUCACUACCAGCUCCUCAAGCAGGGUGAAAACUAUGCUGUGCAUACCUGCAAGAGCAAGUCUGCUCGUAACCCGUUACUGCGCUGGACAGUGGGUGAGGGGGCGCUCAAUGAGUUUGCCUUCUCCCCGGAUGGCAAGUUUCUGGCUUGUGCGAGCCAGGAUGGCUUCCUGCGGGUUUUUGGCUUUGACGCCGCAGAGCUCCAUGGAACAAUGAAGAGCUACUUUGGUGGCUUACUGUGCGUCUGCUGGAGCCCAGACGGACGUUAUAUUGUGGCAGGAGGGGAGGACGACCUGGUGACUGUGUGGUCAUUUUCGGAUUGCAGAGUGAUCGCACGGGGGCACGGUCACAAGUCGUGGGUGAGUGUGGUGGCAUUUGACCACUGCACCACCAGUGUGGAGGACGGUGACCCACCCGCUGAGUUCAGCGGAAGUGACGAGGACUUCCAUGAGCAGAUUCACUUUGGUGCGGGCAGAGAUCGAGCUAACAGUGCUCAUUCUCGGCUUUCUAAGAGAAACUCAACGGACAGUAGGCCUGUUAGUGUGACCUACAGGUUUGGCUCAGUGGGCCAGGAUACACAACUGUGUCUGUGGGACCUUACAGAGGACAUUCUUUUCCCUCACCUCCCUUUGUCCCGCACUAGGACUCACACUAAUGUUAUGAGUGCCACAAGCCCUCCAGCCACUGGACAAACUACUAAUACUACUGUAACCACCACUAAUCCCAGUGGCACCAAUGGUAAAGACAAUUUGAGCAAUAGCAGCUCCAGUGGUAACCCGGCUCCCAACUCCCUCCCCAGCACUCUGCCCAGGUCCAACAGCUUGCCACACUCCUCCGCCCCGACUGGGGGCAGCACGCCCAACAGUCACACAGGCAGCAGCAGCAACAACAGCAGCAGCAGCACCAAGGGUAACAGCAUCAUCGACAGCGCUUUCAUCGCCACUGGGGUCAGCAAAUUUGCAACUCUGUCGUUACACGACUCGCGCAAGGAGCGCCACGAGAAGGACCACAAGCGAAACCACAGCAUGGGUCACAUCAGCAGCAAGAGCAGCGACAAGCUCAACCAGCUUAGCUCGUCGCGGACGGCAAAAGCGGAGGUAGCAAAGACUCUGGGCACCACGCUGUGCCCGCGCAUGGAGGACGUGCCGCUGCUCGAGCCGCUGGUGUGCAAGAAGAUUGCUCACGAGAGACUCACUGUGUUAAUCUUCCUUGAGGACUGUCUGGUAACAGCCUGUCAGGAGGGUUUCGUUUGCACAUGGGCUAGGCCUGGGAAAGUGGGAUUGCUAUCAUCUCAAAACAACCCAGCCAACUCCCCCAGUGGAACAGUAGUAUAGCCCCAGUGCUGGUGCUGCUAAUGACAGCUCCAUGCAACAGAGACGGGGAUGACCAAGGCCAAGGCCCUGCAGCGCUUCUUCACACACUGUCACACACCACAUGACCUCCAGUGUCAUCUUCAUUCUCGUCACUACAGCCACCCAGCUCUCUUUGUGUUACUGCUCAUGUUUAGAUAACCAGUAUUGGCCAAGCCAGGGUUAGAAACUCGACCUCCCCUUUUUUGUCCGGGAGUUAAAAAAAAAAAAAAAAAAAAAGGGUGCUAUUGGAAGUAAGAGUGCAAGCUUUAAAUCGUCCAGGAGGUUUGUGGGAGGGGUUGACUGGUUCAUUGUUCCAUCUGUGGUCAUAUCAAGUGGCGUCUAGUCUGGGGAAAAAAAACAAAACAAAAAAAACUCUAGUACCCAAUCCUUUGUGCCUGUAGAUCUUCGAAGACUAGACACACUAUAAGCAUUGUGGUGAUGCCUCAACUUAACCUUUUUGUAUGGGUCUAAUUUGGACAUUUUUUUUUUCCCCCCUACAUUUUGUUUCAUCAAAUGUAUUCACAGAUAAAGGGAAUCAGAUGAGGGAACAUUUUGGAGCAGCAGCAGCAGCAGCAUAUCCCCAACGUCUUUGAUUCGUCACUUCCUGGGCGAUCCCGUGCUGUCUUCUCUGGACACAUGUUCAAGAGAGACUGCAGCUUUUUACUUCCUUUAAAAAACAAUUUUAUUUUAAUCAGAGGUAUCACACUUUACAGUGAAUUUGCACAGAUCUUGUUUCAUUCUUGGUUUUCCCCAUUUUUGAACUCAUGACGGUGGAACAUAAGAAUUUUGAAGACAGCUUUGGAAGCACUUGUGUGUGUGUGGGGGGGGGGGAUGGCUCGUUAUCUCCCUCUGUCUCAACGCUGGAUGCUGCAAUCAUAGUUUUUUAUAUGGAGAAAAAAAAAUUGUUUGCACUUAAUAGUUUGUUAGAGGAGAAUGGCUUUACAUUUUUGGAGUGUGUAAGGACUCCUUGACAAGGAUGAAAUAUAAAUAGAAUUUAAAAACAAACCUUUGUAUCUAUUGAACAUUUAUUUUAAUAUUGUUUCAGAUUAAAUGGGGUCUGUAAUAUAUGUAAAUAUUGUACUUCAAUGAUUUAUGGGUGAAAUGAUCAUUAUUACAUUAGAUCCUUGUUUCAGAAAAUAGUGAUAUUUCUAAUACAGAAAAUCUAUACAUAAUAUUAAAAUGAACCUUGAAUAUGCAGGUGAAACUGUUUCUUUUCUGUUGUACAUAAAGAGAAUUCAGGUGUAUUUUUAUUAAUGAAACGUUUGGUAUAGGAGAUGUCUAUGAAAUCCUCUUAUCUAACAGGUAGUGCUGAAUGCUAGCUAGCCUGUCGCUGCAGAUUCCUUUUACGACCUAGGCAGUUAGGCGCAGACGCAGCGGUCUAAUUCAGCCAUCACUCCGAGCUCAGGUAAACCACGGGAAGACUAACGCCGGCAUAGUUCCCCUCACUAGUCUAAUCCAUCAACAGCAGCGUGUGUGAAUUCACUUUAACUAACAAAUAAGACUGACAACCUUGUUCUGCAGACAGGGCCGAGAUCUGUGAGGCCUGUCAUUGUGAGUAAUAAUUACUGAACUGAUGCUGAACUUGUGAACAAACAUUUUGACACUGUGUUGAACUGACUCAUGUCAGCACUUGAUGGUGGAAUUAAAAUGCUUGAGGUGAGUGUGUUUUUCAAGCACCCACGCAGGAAGACUGAGGAUUUUAACAGUGGGAGCCUUUUUCCUCCAUGUGACGCCUAAUUAAAACAGCUUUGACAGAUUA